UCUCUCCCUUUUGUUGUCUGCCGUUUCCUUGGGGGAGGAGAACAAACGUCGACUUAGCCUCCGAUUUCGAAAAAAACAGUACUUCUGCAACAUGGAAGAAGAAUGCGAGGAGCUUCAGGUGCCCAUGGGGACUCUAAAGUCCAUAAGGUUUAGCAUUUCGAAUAACAAAGACCGAAAAAACAUGGCUGUCAUGGAUGUUGAAGCUGCAAAUCAGGUUACUGAUUCCCGGUUAGGGCUCCCCAAUCCAGAUUCUAUAUGCAGAUCAUGUGGCAGCAAAGAUAGAAAAGUUUGCGAAGGGCAUUUUGGGGUUAUUAACCUCAAGUACCCAGUAAUCAACCCUUAUUUCCUUAAGGAGAUAGCUACACUAUUGAACAAGAUCUGCCCUGGAUGUAAAUACAUGCGGAAAAAACAGUCUCAGAGUACUGAAGACUGGCCUGAGAGAUGUAGAUAUUGCACUUCAAAUACAGGUUACCCUCUGAUGAAGUUUCGGGUAACGACGAAAGAAGUGUUUAGGAGAUCCGGAAUUGUCUGUGAAGUGAGUGACGACAAUCUGUUCAAACUCAGUAAACGGGGACUAUCAUCACUACCUCCAGAUUAUUGGGAGUUUCUGCCUAAAGACUCUAACAUCGACGAAAGCUGUUUGAAACCAAGCAGGCGGAUUCUAACUCAUGCACAGGUUUAUGCAUUGUUGUGUGGGAUUGAUGAGAGACUCAUCAGGAAGGAUAUUCCCAUGUUUGACUCUCUUCCUCUGACAUCUUUUCCAGUUACGCCAAACGGUCAUCGUGUAUCCGAAAUGGUCAAUCAGUUCACCGGGGCUCGACUAGUUUUUGAUGAACGGACUCGUAUCUACAAGAAACUAGUUGGCUUUGAAGGAAAUGGUCUUGAGCUGAGUGCUCGUGUGAUCGAAUGCAUGCAGUAUUCAAGACUCUUUUCAGAAAACAUGUCACCGAGUCAAGAAUCUGCAAACCCUUACCAGAAGAAGUCAGACACUCCCAAACUGUGCGGUCUAAGAUUCAUGAAAGAUGUGCUGCUUGGUAAAAGAAGCGACCAUACGUUCAGGACAGUAGUUGUGGGCGACCCUUCUCUCAAGCUUAACGAGAUCGGUAUACCUCGGAGGAUCGCUGAGAGGCUUCAAGUAUCAGAGAAUCUCAACGACUGGAACAGAGAACGCCUCGUCACUUCCUGUUUCCACAAGCUCCUCGAGAGAGGAGAGACUCACGUGAGAAGAGGAGGUAGCUUAGUAGCUAUCCGCGUCAUCGACGAUCUCCAAACAGGAGACAGCAUUUUGCGGACGUUGAAAGAUGGAGACACUGUGUUGAUGAACAGACCGCCUUCGAUUCAUCAGCACUCGCUUAUCGCAAUGUCUGUCAAAGUCCUCCCUACUACUUCCGUUGUCUCCCUGAACCCUAUCUGCUGUUUGCCCUUUCGCGGCGACUUCGAUGGAGAUUGUUUUCACGGGUACGUUCCACAGUCGAUCCAAGCCAAGGUUGAGCUCGACGAGCUUGUGGCUUUGGACAAGCAGCUUGUUAAUAGACAGAAUGGUCGUAACUUGCUUUCGUUAGGACAGGACAGCUUGACAGCGGCUUAUCUUGUUAACGUCGAGACAAACUGUUUUCUGAACCGAGCUCAGAUGCAGCAGCUUCAGAUGUACUGUCCCUUUGAGCUUCCUCCGCCUGCGAUUAUCAAAGCUUCGAGUAGUGAGCCGCAAUGGACGGGGAUGCAGAUCUUUGGGAUGCUUCUGCCGCCAGGGUUUGAGUAUACUUGCCCUCUGAACGAUGUGGUUGUAAGCAGCGGAGAGCUUUUGUCUUCCUCUGAUGGGUCUGCUUGGUUACGUGACGGCGAAGGAAACUUCAUCCAGGGUUUGCUGAAGGAACAUAAAGAGAAAGUGCUUGACAUCAUGUACUCCACUCAAGAAAUGUUCUCUCAGGAGUUGCAGAUGAGAGGACUGAGUGUUUCUUUAACGGAUCUGUACUUGGCCUCUGAUCCGGAGUCUCGGAGAAACUUGACAGAGGAGAUUAGUUACGGAUUGCAAGAAGCUGAACAAGUCUGCAACAAGCAGCAGCUUAUGGUCGAGUCACGUAGAGACUUCCUCGCGGGUAAUGUAGAAGAUUUGUCUGCAGAUUUUGACCGGUUCUGCUACGAGAGACAGAGAUCAGCGACCUUAAGCAAACUUGCGGUUAGUGCAUUCAAAGAUGCUUACAGAGACGUCCAAUCUCUGGCGUAUAGGUACGGAGACCACUCUAAUUCGUUUCUCAUCAUGUCCAAAGCUGGUAGCAAAGGGAACAUAGGGAAGCUUGCUCAGCACAGUAUGUGCGUUGGUCUACAAAACUCUUCAGUCGCGUUGUCCUUCGGGUUCCCACGGAAGCUGACUUGCGCCUCAUGGAACGAUCCGAACAGUCCGCUUCGCGGGGCAAAGAGAGAAGACCAAACCGGUCAUGAGUCGUUUGUCCCGUUCGGUGUCAUUGAGAACUCGUUUCUAACGGGUCUGAAUCCGUUGGAGUCUUUUGUUCAUUCAGUGACGAGCCGGGACAGCUCAUUCAGCGGUAACGCUGAUAUCCCGGGGGCGCUUAACAGGAAACUGAUGUUCUUUAUGAGGGACAUAUACGCUGCUUACGACGGGACGGUGAGAAACUCAUUCGGGAACCAUUUGGUUCAGUUUCGUUAUGAGACUGAUGAUGCAGAAGAAGACAUGGCCGGUGAAGCAGUUGGAUCACUUUCUGCUUGUGCUCUCACCGAGGCUGCUUACAGCGCGCUUGAUCAGCCCAUUAGCCUUCUUGAAACUUCGCCUCUUCUGAAUCUUAAGAAUGUGUUAGAGUGUGGGUCGAAGAAAGGUCUAAAAGAACAGACGAUGUCUUUGUAUUUGUCUGAAACGCUUUCUAAGAAAAAGCACGGGUUCGAAUACGGUGCACUGGACAUCAAGAGCCACUUGGAGAAGCUCAGUUUCUCAGAGAUUGUUUCAACGUCUAUGAUAAUAUUCUCUCCGAGGACAAACACAAAGAUGCCUAUGAGCUCGUGGGUUUGCCAUUUUCACAUCUCCAAGAAAGUACUGAAGCAGAAACAACUGGAUGUCGGAUCUGUUGUCUCUUCAUUAAACAAGCAGUACGCAAACAGGAAGAAAGAGCUGAAGCUUGAUGUAAUUGAUUUAGAGAUACAAAGCACAAACCACUGUUCUUGGGAUGAUAAAUCAAUGGAAGAUGAUAGAUUCUGCAUCACAGUUACUGUUCUUGAAACCUCCACACACGGUUCUUUGGAACUUGAUGCUAUUCGACUUGUCUUGAUCCCUUUUCUUCUUGACUCUCCUGUCAAAGGCUACCGAGAGAUUAAAAAGGUGGAGAUCUUAUGGGUUGACAGACCAAAAGCGCCGAUAAGGAACAAGAAACAUAUGGGGGGUGAGCUUUUCGUGAAGGUUACAAUGCAUGGAGUUCGUGGCAAAAAGAACAUCUGGAGCGCUCUUCUUGAAACCUGUCUUCCCAUUAUGGAUAUGAUCGAUUGGACAAGAAGCCAUCCUGAUAAUAUCCGACAAUGCUGCUCGGUUUAUGGAAUAGACGCUGGACGUAGCAUCUUCCUAGCGGAUUUGGAGUCUGCUGUGUCUGAUACUGGUAAAGGGAUGCUUCGAGAACAUCUGCUUCUUGUAGCGGAUUGUCUCUCCGUUACCGGGGAGUUUGUGGCAUUAAACCCCAAAGGUUGGAGUAAACAAAGACAGGCUGAGUCCACUCCUGCACCUUUUACUCAAGCUUGCUUCUCGAGCCCAAGUCAAUGCUUUCUCAAAGCUGCUAAGGAAGGUGUUACAGACGAGCUUCAAGGAUCUAUCGACGCAUUAGCUUGGGGGAAAGUUCCUUCUUUCGGGACUGGAGAUCAGUUCGAAAUCAUCAUCUCCCCAAAGGAUCAUGGGUUUAGUAGUACACCAGUAGACGUGUAUGACUUUCUGAGUAGUACAGCAACGCUUCCAAAGAGAAAGGCAAGCUCCUUGCCCAAAUCAGACAAGUUCACGCUCCAGCCGUUCCCCUUGCUCGAUACAGCUCUGUCCAAGGCAGUGAAGACACUAGAUGGGAAAGGACUCACAAGGUCGCAGCUCAGAAUGAUCUUUACAUGGGACGACAUUGAAAAGCUUUCCCGGUCACUGAAACGUAUCCUCUACAAUUACGAGAUCGAUGCUACGUUGAAUGAGAGGGAUGAAAGACUUUUGAUGAUGGCUCUUCUCUUUCACCCCCACAGAGAUGAGAAGAUAGGACCAGGCUUCCAAGGAAUCAAGGUGGCUAAUUCUAAGCAUGGGAAUGCUCGUUGCUUUGAGGUGGUGAGAACAGACGGAACAACAGAAGAUUUCUCUUACCACAAGUGUGUGUUGGGAGCAACAGAGAUCAUUGCACCUAAGAGGGUAAACUUCUACAAGGCCAAGUACCUUAGAAACGGUACGGUGCAGGCCGGUACUAUCUAGAAACAAACUCCAAAAACAAACUAUCGUCUGUUGAUAUAGUAUGGAACAAUGUAGGAUGGUGUGUGUAUUAAGAAGGUGAUAGAUAGAAAGAUAGAUUGUCUUUGCUCUAAGCUUCUUUUUGCUCCUUUCACUAUGUGAUACCUUUGCCUUCAACCUUAAAAGGGCUUAAAGGUUCAUUACUUAGUGGAAGCAGCAACGAGAAGCUGGCAAAGCUCGGCUUCUGUUCUGUUUCUGUGUUCGUAAAACUCUUUAAUGUACCCGGUUU